UGUAGUGGGCUCCUGCACGUAGCUCACAAACUCUUUGGGCACCUCACCUGUGAGGUCCUGUUGUCUGGCCCUGGCCUUUCUGCAAGAUUAAUGCAUGUUUAACGUGUAGCUCCUUUUCAAAGAGGGACGUGCUUGCGAGGUUUUCCUGCGAGGAGGACGCCCGGUGCUCGUCAUCCCAUCCCCAUCCAGUCGCACAAUGGCACCGUCCCUCAUCCGAGCUUGCCGCAGUCUGGCUCUCUCGACGUGGCUGCUGUCGUUCUGCUUCGUUCACUUGCUGUGUCUGGACUUCACGGUCGCAGAGAAGGAGGAGUGGUACACAGCUUUUGUCAACAUCACCUAUCUGGACCCCGUCACUUCGGAGGUCAAGACAGAGAAAACCGAGUGCGGUCGGUACGGUGAGCACUCGCCUAAGAAGGAAGCCAGGGGUCUGGUUCUGGUGCCGUCCCUCCUGCAGGACAGACAGGCGUGCGACCCCCACGUAAGGUUCCCUCCUGUCUCUCACAACACCGCCUGGGUGGCGUUGGUGGCUGCGGGAAAUUGUACAUACAGAGAGAAAAUCCGUAACGUUGCAAACCUCAAUGCCUCUGCAGUUGUCAUAUACAAUGUGGGCUCCAGCAGUGCCAACGACACCAUAACAAUGCCCCAUCCAGGCACAGGUGAGAUUGUGGCCAUCAUGAUCCCAGAGCCUAAAGGUCGUGAGAUUGUGGCCUUGCUGGACCAGCACAUUGUGGUCAUGUUGCACAUCACUAUAGGAACCCGCAACCUGCAGAAGUACGUGAGCAGGACAUCGGUAGUGUUUGUCUCCAUCUCCUUCAUCGUGCUCAUGAUCAUCUCUCUUGCUUGGCUCGUCUUCUACUACAUCCAGAGGUUCCGCUACGCAAACGCACGAGACCGCAACCAGAGACGUCUUGGAGAUGCUGCCAAAAAAGCCAUCAGCAAGCUUCAAGUACGCACCAUUAAGAAAGGAGACAAGGAGACUGAAUCAGACUUUGACAACUGUGCAGUUUGCAUUGAAGGUUAUAAGCCUAAUGACGUUGUAAGAAUAUUACCAUGCAGGCAUGUCUUCCAUAAACACUGUGUAGACCCAUGGCUACAAGACCACCGGACGUGUCCCAUGUGUAAAAUGAACAUCCUAAAAGCCUUAGGGGUCCCACUCAAUGCAGACUGCUCAGAUGAGAUUCCUCCAGACUAUGACAUGUCUGUCGGAGGGCCACCCACCAACCCCAUCAGUGGGGCGAGUGAAAUCACAGUUAACGAGAGCUCUGUGGCGCUGGAUCCUGCAGACAGAGCCAUAGGCCUGCAGCAGCUCCAUCCUGGUACAGAAACCGCACUUCAUGCAAUGGAGAGCCACAUCAUUGCCAGCAGUGAGCACCAGCCCCCGCUCAGCAGUGAUUCAGACACUUCUAUCAUCACGGGCAUGGAGGUGGGUAUGUCUGAGAUAGACCUGUCCACGGAGCAGGAAUGUGACCAGGCCAAAUCCUGAGCCAGUUAGAGCUGAGGAAAAAAGCAUGAAUCGCCAGGAAAGGGACGACGAGAGCAGGACAGAGUGAUCGGGGGGCUGCCAGAGAUUUGUCUUUGGCCCCUGGAGGACGUGAGAUGGGCAAAUGAGCAAUACAACCCAUAGCAGCACAAAGCACCCUGUUCUGUCUGUACUACCUGAAAAACAGACUUGUCCCUGUGUCUGUGGACAUGUUGCUUGCUCGUUUUCUUGCAGUCACACGUCACCAUUUUGUUGGUGAACACAGCUCUCAUAUUGUGGUGGUCCAGUUUCUGUCCACGUAAUUUUUUCACAUCCCUAAACCUAGCAGUUGAAAUACACACACAGUAAGUGAGAUGUUGGCGGCCUUCACAGUACUAAGAAGGCAAAAUAUUUUUUCUCCUCACUCUGGCAAGCUGAACCUGCUGCUGCACAUAGUAUGAGCAUGGGGGCAGCCGAGCCUCUUUAACACCUGAUUGCAGCUUUAAUUGUAUGAAACUAUGAGCAGAUUGUUGGAUUUCGUGGUAUGAGAUCACUGCCAACGUAUUGUGAUGGAUACAUAGCACAUAUAGAGCCUAUAUCAUCAAUCUCUUAGGAGUCCCUAACAGUUGGUGUGAAUUCUCACCAGCAACUUUUCAACUUCAGACUUUGAUAACAUGUUAUUAUCCCCUGAAAACUUGAAGCAUAGGUCUUUAAGUUUAUGCCGCCAUGUGGCAUUAUGGAGUUGAAAUAUGUAUGCACACAAUAUGCUGUAAUUUCUAACUGUAAGUGUUUCUGUUAUUAUUGUGAGGAGACCUUCACCUUUAACUACUAUUUUACCAACUGAAUAUUCCUGUAGUAGAGAGGAAAUAACCAAACACAUGGUAGAUAUUUCUGUCCUCACAUUUGACAAUCAUAGCUUGCCACAAGCAGUUUGAAGUGAUGUCACCCACUGCCCUACUGAAACUGCUGCUGAUUCACAAGUUAUCACAACACAUGAUGCUGGCCCCUGCUGUCUGUCAGGAAGGAAAUACUCAUUUUCACACUGCUGCUGAGUACAGCUGGCUAUAGUGGUUGUUACUACCAAAUUCUGGCAGUGUGUGCAUACAGUAGACAAACUUCCUAGUCUUGUCAAGCCAGCCAAUAUAAAUAUUUUCAACAAGUCUUUGUGCCAAGUUUAAUCAGUUGUAUUUUAAACAUUGCUGUUGUUUGUGUACACUGAUUCCCUUGGCUGUCAGUCAAGCUCGAAUGGCACUAAAUCUGUUCAUGUGACACUGAAGAAAUAACAAGAGGACAUAGAAUUUGUUAUUUGAAAGAAGGAACUUUUUCAUUUCAUUGGUCAGAGGAGGGAUUUCAUUUAAGAGAUUUGAUGCUCCAAGCACAGGAUUUUUUUUAUGGCAUGAAAAGCUUACAGCAUGAAAAUGUUUACAGUAAUGGAAAAUUGAAAAGAUUUUUUUGGACUACGUCUACACUAAGCUGGCAAAUUUUGGAAAAUGUGCACUCACCCUAGAGUGUUUAUGCUCACAAGGCAACAUCUAUUUGUUUGAUCUGUAAUGACAUUUAAAAUGAGUGAGCACAGAGACAGAGGCAGCUGAAAGCUGGCUUCUUAAUUUGCUCCCACACAGACUAUCUGUGUUGUUUCUGUAAUUUCUGGGUUUUGAAAACUCAGUUUUGGGGCAAGAAAAUGCCAGCUUAAUGUGGAUGGAUGGCUGAAACAGAGAGAAAAAGAUACAUUUUGAAAUUUGAUGCCGUCCCAAUUUCAUACUAUAAUCUAAUCCUAACAGGUUUUAGUAUGUGGUGUGUUUACAUUGGAAAUGUAACAACAUCAAGUGCACUUGAUUUUGAGUGUAUUGUCUCUCUCUGAUUGCAGUAAAGAACUGAAAAAAGCACACAGCUGAAAAAAAUGAAUGACGGUGAAGUACCUGCAAAAUAUUUGCGAAAAUCAAAAGAUAAUUACUAAAUCUUUACAAAGACAUUUUGUUUUCUCUUUGUGAAGUUUAAUUGGCAGUGACAUUGUGUAGUCACAGUAUGGUGCCUGUCACCACAUCAUGAAUCCAUCAUUUCCUGUUAGUAUAAAAUGAUAAAAUACUGUAUGUUCAUUUCUUGUUUACGAAAAACCGUAUACUAUAAUGGUAAGUGUGAAGUACAUAAUGUGUGCAGAUAGUAUGUAGUAUGGAACUGGGACACAGCUACAGACUCCCAAGGUGAUUCUGACUGUUAAUUAACAUUUCUAAACUGCUGCAAUCUUCUGUAGAAAUCAUUCUUUCACUCUCACUGGUCUGUUACUGUCCUGUCGAUCACCUUUUCAUUACUUUUUCAGUAAUGUCAUGCUGAACAAGAUCAGCACAAUCUAAUACUCAAUGACUGGACCCGUUUUCUCUCACAUUCCUGUUGACUUGCACACUAAUGAAGCACAGAACCACUGACUCAAUCGAUGGAGCCAGUGGAAUUUAACUGGUGGUUUUCCUCCACCAGUCACUGUUUCCAUCAUGUCCUGGAGCCACCCGGGACUCUCUUAUGUAACACACACAUGUCCACAAUCCCCUUGUUUGUGUCAGCCACUGAAGGAUCAUUGGGUGUAUGGGGAAAAUGCUUUGGUGUUUUAUGAAAGCUUAGGUAUUAAGAGGGGUAGACUGUAUUUUUUUUUUAUUUCUGUAAGUGUGUCAUGAGAUCGUAUGUUCUAAGCUGUAGCCCAUAGAGGCUACAUUGUAGGCAUUAUUAGACCCUAAAAUAAAAGGUUAGAAUAUUUUGUUCUGACGGCAGUGUUUCACUGUGAGAUACUGUCUGCCGUUCAUUAUCUGAGAAACAGCUUGACAGGUUUUAGAUUACCUCACUUUACUUUCAGUUACUAGCACACACUGACAGCAUGUAACCUACAAUUUUAGCAUGACUGAAAUGUGUGGUGGCAUUAUGGAGGAAUUCUUCAUUUUCAUAUACUUUUAGACAAUGUGGUGGUAAAAUAGUAGUUUUUUUUUUUUUUUUUUUAGAAAACCUAGUUUACUUCGAGUUAUGUGUCAUUUUUGUGGAUAUGAAGGAGGAGAAAGAGUGUGAUUCUUGCCAGCUCAGUAUAGAUGCAGAUGCUUAAGUCUCCACCUUCCUAAUCUGGACCUUUAAGCCUCUGUAUGUUACAUCAGCUCACAUUAUAAUCUAACAGCACAAUACAUGAGAUAACCCACAAACACCCAACAGCAUCAGUGUCUGUUGUUCUCCUCACCUCUCUCUGGCUUGUUCUCUCCCUCCCGUGCUUCAAAUUAACGGGUUCUUCUUGUUCUCUCAUUCACACACAAACAUAAACACUGUCUCCAUCUGAUCAUCUGAUGGCCGGCCAAGCAACAAGAUAAAGCAAAGCACAUGCGUUUUCAGUGCCAGAUUGCUCCGUUCUGGCUGUACUGCCUAAUGAAACGAGUUUGUCUAAAGGUGGAUUAAGGCCUUCUUUUUACAGAGCAACUUAAGAAAUAUGCGAUUAAGCUGUUAGGUCAUCUUACAGUUUUGUCUUUUUACAGUGUUCAGUUCAAUAACAACUCUCUACAGUUCAAAGAGUUUUAAGACACAAAAGACAUGAGUGUACUCGAUGUAAUGACAUUCAAUGCACUUAUGAAGAAAGAUUGUUCUCCCUAAUUCUACCUGCAACAAUUUAUAACAUUUAAUUUAUGCAUUUUGUGAUUUCCUAAUAAUUUCCAACAAGUUUCCUGGAAAGAACUUUGUAAUUCUCUACUAAUUUUGGGGAAAACAGAAUUGUACUUAAAAGAAAAGCUCCAUUUAAACUUAACUAAAAUAUUCAUAAAACAUUAUUCAUAUAUUAGUAUAAAAUUUAUUCUUCUUAUUUGUUAAUUUUAUUUUCUGUUCAUUUAAUUUAUUAUAUGACAGGGACUGUGCUCACUUAGUAGGGGAAAAGAAACAGUAAAUGAGAAAAGGCUGGUUUUCAUCAGUUGUGCAUGUUUAUGUUUCAGCCUAAAAAAAUGAAUAAAACAACAUAUCACACAUAAUGCCACAGUUUAAUACAUGGUACAGUACAAUCCAUACUAAAUAAGUAAGAAAAAAAAACUUAAAUGCCAGACACAUUUUUCAAUUAAUUGGAAUUAGUUAAUUGAACUUAAUGUUCCAAUUUUAAUACUGUCUCAAUUCUCCCUAUAUCUAGUAACAAAUGACAUAGUUCUUUCCAGGAAAUGUCUUAUAUUAGAAUAAUUUUAAGAUUAAGCAUUCCCAACAUUGUUUUACUCUAGGUAGUUAUCCCUUUUUUCCCCUCUCAUGGUCACAUUUCUUUUUUUCCUGAUUGUGUAAGCCUUCCUAUACUGCACUUUAUCCCUCCAGUGAAUGGGGAGUGGCUAUACUGAAUGACUUGAGAAAGCCUUUUUUAUGUAGAGCUUUUAAGAAAGAGGGCUACAGUAUUGAACACAGCCCAUGAGUCAGUUGUUGCUUAAUGUAUAAUGUUGUUCUUUUAUCUGUACUAUUGUGUAUGUGUGGUGGGGGGUUGGGGGGUGUCAGGGUUACCAAUAUAUUGUACACUAUACCCAGCAGAAAAAACAGCAUUGCUAUUUUGUAAUAUAAAAACAAUUGUAUGUAUGAUUAGUGGUGUCUCUGUCCUUUUCUUGUACCAUGAUGCACGUGUAGGAAUGUUCAUGAUUUUGACUCAUAAUAUAUUUGAAUCAGGUUUUUC